GUAGACAUCAUCAUCGCCAUCGUCUUCUUUGUGGUGGCCUUUGACGCGGUGUUUGGGAUCAUUGUCAUGGGUACCAUGGUGUUGUACCUGGUGUUUACGAUCGUUGUCACUGAGUGGCGUAUUCAGUUCCGUAAGGCCAUGAACGACAAGGAUAACAAAAGCAAUACCAUUUCCGUUGACUCGUUACUGAAUUUCGAGACAGUCAAGUACUUUGGCGCAGAGAAGUUUGAAGUGGACCGGUUUGAGGAGUCUAUCAACGCCUAUCAACACGAAGAGUGGAUCAGCCAAGCCACUCUCAACAUGCUCAACGGCGGACAAGGCCUGAUAAUUGGUGUUGGCCUGGUGGUGGGAUCACUCUUGUCUGCGUAG